AAACAACAGGCAGUGGGGUACAUACAGGAGGUACAUGUACCCGGAUUUGAACACUUAUUGCUAGACUUUGGGCAAUUUACCUGAGAGUACCUCGCUAGGACUACUAAAAAUCAUUAGUUAUAAUUAUAUAAAGUGCACUCACUGAAUCCACAGGUGAUUGAAGAUACAAAUACGACAGUACAGGUACCGUACACAGCUACCUACCUGUUUAUCUACACUCAACCAGUGUAUUGCUGAACUUUCUGUUUGUAACUGGGUGGGGUAGUGCUCAGUGUGCCCUAACCUAAUGCCGGUGAAGUGAUAUUUCAACUCCUGACAUUUGUGUACUUAAUGACAAUGGUUAAAUGUGUGAUGUCUAGCCUGUCUGACAGUUUGCAUUGCUACAUAUUGAUAAACAUGGAAUACUCAGAUAGGUAUACGUAGCAGUCAGGUGCUAAAUAUUGGUACUACCCAGACAGUGGUUAGCUGCUGGUACUACCCAGACAGGUAAUAGUCAUUUGACUACCUGUAUUCUCACCUGUGCUGACUGUUUCCUACAAAUGUGACGUUAUUUUGGACACAGAAAUGAUCUACACAUAUCUGUAUGUCUUGUCAUGCAGUUACAAGGUUUCUAAAUAUAACAAGUGGAAACUGGUUUGUAAGUAAAUUACAGCAGUGUAUUAUAGCGAGGACCAGGAUGUGAUACUAGUCAAGUGUUACCUGGUGUGAUAAACGUGUGAUAUGUCAUUCAGGUUUCCUCCGGAUCCCCACAAUUUAGAUUCUACCUAUUUCUGGAUUAUAGAUGGAGCUGAUGACUGAAGAUCACUACCAGAUAAAAUUACAUGGUUGGAAAGAACAUUUAGAGUAUGUUGAUAUUACAAACGUUCGGUUAUGACAUACUGUGGAUUAGUGAAUAAUCAGUGCUAGUUACUUAGUUGAGAAUCUGUAUCAUUGGGAUUUCAGAACAGACAAAAGUACUAUAAAACCUGUCCACACGUACGUGAGGUGAAUUAUGAAAUACAUCCAAGGGAUUACAGCUGACUUAUGGGGCUAUGUGCUAACGUCACAUAAACAGAUUUGUUACAUUGGACUAAUUUGAAACCAAAUACAGAGGUGAUUUGUCAGAAAAUAAUCUGUAUUGCAAAAUCUACUUUAAAAAAAAACCAAGAUGGCAGACAACUCUGGUCUACACCGAUCUGUGAUAGUCCAUCGUUCCUUUCCUGGCUUCCAUGCCAGAAAUGCUAUGUCGAUGGCCUUGGAAGAUAUGCCGCCACGUCCUAGGUCUGUCAGCCAUGACGCAGACCUUGACCACAGUGAUGAUGUCCACCACAACGUCCAGGACAUCAACAAGUUCGAAAACAACUGGGAGGAUCUUGAUGCUGAAUUUGAAGCUAAAGACAAUACUUGGGAAAGCAGCCAUGUAAAACCGGACACAUGGGAAACAAACGAGGCUGAAAAGGUCAAACAACAAAGCAACAAAAUCCAAGAGAAUGCAGCAGAAAAACCGGAAAAUGAACCAGAUUUAUGGGAUGCUGAAAAAGAUGCCUGGGACAUGAACAAAAGUGAAGAUGUUAAUUGGGAAGAUCCCAUUGUUCAACACCACAGGGCAGAAAGGAGUGAAACUUAUAAACUGUUUGAUAAUAAAGUCCGAGCUGAUGGAGCCAAUGAUGGAGGGUCUGUUGGAUGCUGUGGAUACAUCCUGUGGUUCCUGUCCCUUGUGGUGAUUGCCUUGACCUUUCCUGUCUCACUGUGCCUUUGUAUCAAGGUGGUACAGGAGUAUGAACGAGCGGUCAUCUUCAGACUGGGUCGACUGGUCAAGGGCGGGGCAAAGGGCCCAGGUCUGUUCUUCGUCAUGCCCUGUAUUGAUUCCUACACCAAAGUGGACAUCAGGACGGUGUCCUUUGAUGUACCCCCUCAGGAGGUUCUGACCAAGGACUCGGUGACAGUGGCUGUGGAUGCGGUUGUGUACUAUCGUGUUCAGAAUGCCACCAUGUCUAUCACAAAUGUGGAGGACGCGAACAGAUCAACACGACUUCUCGCUGCCACAACUCUCCGAAACGUCCUAGGAACCAAGAACCUCAGUGAGAUCCUGUCUGAGCGCGAGUCCAUCAGUCAUGUGAUGCAG